UUGCUAUAAAUCGAAAACUUGUUUCUGCCCGCUCCCGUCGAGUUGGAGAUCCGCAGUCGAUUUGGGCUUCUAGGUUGCUACCUUUGCUUUUUUCUCUCCCUUGUUCUACUUUCAUCUCACUACCCUUUUGCCGCUUCACCUGAGAAACCAUGCCUCGUCGUAGCUCCGGUGGAAGAUCUGCUCCUCGUGCAGCUCGUCGUCCUGCACCUGUGCGUAACCCCCCACAACCAGCAAGCCAUGCUCCUCCUCCAGCCCCUGUUCAGGGUAGCAGUGGUGGCUCCAUUCUUGGCAAUCUUGGUGCCACUGUAGCUCAGGGCAUGGCUUUUGGCACUGGAAGUGCAGUUGCACACCGGGCUGUUGAUGCUGUACUUGGUCCUCGCACCAUUCAACAUGAAACUGUUGUCUCUGAGGCUGCUGCUGCUGCACCAGCUCCUACCAUGAACAAUGUUGGUUCUGAUGCAUGCAAUAUUCAUUCCAAGGCAUUCCAAGAUUGCCUCAACAACUAUGGGAGUGACAUCAGCAAGUGCCAAUUCUAUCUUGAUAUGUUGAAUGAAUGCCGGAGGAACUCUGGUUCAGUUUUGAGUGCUUGAGUAGUUGCCUUGUUUUGUCGAGGAUAUAACUUUCAAACUCACAUUCCUUUUACGUUCGAAAUUAUCAGUUGGCAUUUGAAUUUCGAUCCAUUGGUGGGGGAGUUAUUGGUCAAUCGAUGGCAAGGGGAUCAUUCACGUCAAUAAUAAUGUUGAUAUUGUGACGUUUUGAGUACUUUAUUUAAAUGGUAGAACAUUCUGCAGACUUGAAUUAUCUAAUGCGCCCUGUUAUUUGGAAUUCUGUUCUAGUUGAUUACAUUGGCAUUGGCACUGUUUUUUAGA